UAAAUUCUAAAACUGUGAAUGAUAAAAUUGUUUUAAAUAAAUUUAAAAGAAGAAAAUAACUAAGAUUUACAAAUUUUUUCUUAUAUAAUUAUUUAUUCUUAUUUCUUGAAUAGGGACUUUUGGAUAACAUGUUUACAGAUUCUCUCACCAAGGUUAUGUAAGGUCACUAAAUGUCACCAGAAAAAUUUACAACUAAUAAUUUAUCAAUCAUGUUGAAAAUAAUAAUCAUCUGCUUAGUGAUAUCAGAAAUUAAAAGCAAUAACAUUGAAGAACUUAGACGGGAAGAUAUAGAAAAGUUAAGAGAAGCCUUCUAUGAAUCAUCUGAUUAUAUAGGAAGAGAAAUUAAAGAUGGAAAUGGAAAUGCUGUAGUUGUUCUGGGCAGGGGAAGAAGUGGAAAAAGUACACUAGUUAAUUACUUAAUGGGCAAUCAUUUGAUUGCUUACAAAGAUGAUGAAUCUUUUUUAAUAAAAAAAUAUAAUGAAUCUGAUGUUGGACCAAAAAUUGGCGCUGGAUCGCUGUCAGUGACUAAGAACAUAUCAAAAUAUAAUUCAAAAGUUUUUCCUGGUUUAAGCAUUUGGGAUGCUGCUGGAUUUCAAGACAAUAGAGGAGCAGUAACGGAAAUUGAAAAUUCUUUCUAUCUGCAUCAUUUGGUGAAGAAAGCAGAAUUUUUGAAAAUUAUUUUAGUUGUCUAUCAUAAUGAUAUUAAAGACGAUAAUAUUGAUUCGUUUAGAUUACUUUUACGUAUGCUUGAAAGCUUAUUUCAUUCAAGGUUUAAUGAAUUUUAUCCAAGCAUAUCAUUCGUUCUCUCAAGAAUACCUCCAAUGAUCAAUAAUUUUUCAGUUGGUUAUGAUUAUAUAAAUUACAAAUUAAAUACUACAAUUUUAUCAAACAUUGGUACUUUGGAUAUUUCGACAGCUUCAGAACAGUUUAUAAAGUAUUUAGUAGAACAUAACGAUCAUACUGCUAUUUUCAAAACAAUGCUCACUGCGGGAAAUGUUACUGCUGAUAUCGAUUUGAAUGUUAUAAGUUCCAUUAACAACACAUAUAGAAUAAAAAAGAUAUGUCGGGAGAAUGUAGGAUUUACGAUUUCAGAUAAGUCAAAAAUUUCAUUGGGAUAUAUUAAAACUGAAUUAAAAGCAAAGAAAAACUUUGUUGAUUUAAGGACGAUAACAGAUCAAUAUUUUAAUGAAGUAAUUGAAAAAGUAGGCAAGGAAAGACAAAAUACAAGUUAUUUAGAGAUCAUCAAACAACAUUUCAGUGAAACUGAAAAACAUUUAAAUGCUUCAUUGAAUAAUUUGAAUAUACAAGAUCAAAUUGAAGCUGUGAAAAACCUUAAUAAUAGUAUUAAAGAAUACAUUGAAAAAGAGGAUGUUUUAAAUAAAUCUAUCCUAGUUAAAUUUAUUGAUUCCUUAUUGCACAGGAACGAAACGGAUUUAUUUGUAUUUUCCAAAACUACUGUCCUAAACGCACAAGCAAAUAUAUUACAAUUGAUUAAUUAUUGUUCAUUAUUGCAGCAAGAACUACAAAUUGACGAAUAUAAAAUAAAUUUAAAUCAUGUAAAAGAUUUGUAUAAUGUUGCACUAAGGCGUUUUCAAGAAACCGAAGUCAACCUUGAAUCUGAAUCAGAAAAAAAAUUUUGGAACGAAUUUUGGAAAAAAUUUCCAGCUGCUAUUAAAAAUAAUGAAACAACACCUUCAACAAUAUAGAAUAUCGAUGCAGUGAUCGACAUUCUGAUAAUGUACGAAUCUUGCUGUUAAACAUAUAAUAACUAUAAAACUAAUAAUAUUAAGGGCAUCUGGGAAAAAUACCCCAAAAAGUGGUAGCUCGCGUGACUGUUCAUUCCUAAUGAGUAUAAGUAUUGAGCAGGGACUUUUUUGAUUAAUUAGAGAAGGGCAAACUAAACAAAAUAUUUUUAUCCCACAUGCACAAAAAUGACGCUUUUAAAUAGCUCACGACAGGAUUCAUUUGUUCGACCGUAUGAAAAUGGCGUUCAAUUUUUCACUAGGGCAUAAAUAACAGCUGUUCCCAUGCGUUAUUUUAGCUCUAGGGUAAAAAUGAACGCCAUUUUCAUACAAGUGAAUGACCUCCACUCGUGUCACAAAAAUCACCGUAAUGAAAUGGCUGCCUUUAUUCCCUUGUUACCUAAUAUACUAUUUCUAUAUUUAUAAGUAAUUUUGAUGUGUAUGCUAUUGUUUCGAAAGGUUUUUGCACCUUAGAAUUUUUUAUUCUUAUUUUUUAUAGUUACUGUUAUUAUUUUUUAGAAGUAGGACUGAAUUAUAUUAUUAUUCUAUACACAAUGUUAAAUCAUUAUAUGAAAAGAAUAGAUAUGAUAAAUAGGCAAAGGAAGACAUUCUUACGUUAUUUAUUUUGGAAAGAGAAAAGAAAGCAAUUUAUUCUUACCUGAAGAGAAACAAUUUUAUUUCAUUUUUAUUGAAUAGAGACAGAUAGAAGUGCGUUAGAUUUUUAGCGUUAAAAGCAGAGACUAAUUUAUGUUAUUUGUCUAGAGUAGAGGACAUUUUUACUAAAUGUUAUUGAAUAGACAUUGAAAAAAAGUCAAAAGGCCUUCUCCUUAAUGCAGGUAUAUGCGGGUUAUAAAAUUAUAAUUUUAUAAAGGAGAGACCUAUUGCUCGAAAGGUUCAUUUUUGUGCGUAAGUGAUAUAUUAUAAAUAGAAACAAAAUUAUUUAAAGUGUGACGCAUCCAGUUAAAAUAAAUUAACCGUUACAAAACCAUUAAUAAUAAAAAUUGUCAGUAAAUUUAUAUUGAUGAAUAUCAAUUGUCUAAUGAAUAACAAUUUGUCUAUUGAAAAUAAAAUAAAAUUUAAAUCA